AUGCACGCAUCCGACCCAACCUUCCCAUUGUACCCCAUCCUCUCUUUCCUUGCAAUCGUUGUCAGCUUCAUACCGUUUUCUUGGCACCUCCGAGCUCGUAAUGUUGGGACUUGCUCGUACAUGUUAUCCACAGGAUUGUACUCGCUUGUUGAAUUCAUCAACUCAAUCAUUUGGGCGGAUAAUGUGAAUAAUGUUGCGCCUGUGUGGUGUGAUAUCUCUGCACAAGUCAUCAUUGGUGCAAGUGUUGGGAUUACCGCGUCAACCCUCGCUAUCAGCCGACAAUUAUACAACAUAUCUCUUAUGAAUGGACACUCGAUGACUCCACGAGAGAAACGACGUGACACCAUCAUCAACGUCGUUAUUGCUUUCGGAAUUCCUUUGCUUGUUAUGGCUUUACAUUUUGUUGUGCAACCCCGUCGAUUCGACAUUUUUGAGGAAAUUGGGUGUCAACCCGCCACAUUCAACACCGUUGCAGCCUAUGUAUUGUACUUCAUGUGGCCAGUCCUCAUUGGCUUUUGCUCGUGUGUAUAUUCAGCGCUCACCCUACGCAACUUCUACAAUCAUCGUGUAGAAUUCGCCAAAGUCGCGAGCACUAAUUCCGGCAUGUCACCCAGUCGUUACAUCCGACUCAUGCUUCUUGUCUUCGUCGAUAUGUUUUGUAACACGCCCAUCGGUGUUUUCGCUAUCAUCGUUUCUGCGCGCGCUGUUGUUUUACCCUUUUCUGCCCUCUCCGAGACGGUGGAUUUCACAAGUGUGCAAUUGGUCCCGGCGAGCGAAUGGAAGGCUGACCGCUUAGGCCGUGCGGCGGUCGAAAUCAACCACUGGGUUCCUGUGUUUUGCUCAUUCGUGUUCUUCAUCUUCUUCGGAUUCGCCGAAGAAGCCAAGAAGAACUAUCGGAAAGCGUACGAAAGCUUGAAGGAACUCUUUUCUUGUGGAGGGAGCAGGGUGGAAGCAAACAGCACUAUCAAGCCAAGGUAA